UCACACGCUACGCUCACGGCUCAUUUUAGCUCACCCCGAAAAAGGGCGAAAUGGGUCUCCGGUAAUUGAAAUUACGACGUCAAGGCCCUACGCCUGUCGACACGCUUUGUAGUUUUUUACUUUGUCUACAUUCCCCCCUCUCUCUGAUCCAAUGAAUUAAACCCUAAAGCUCUUUGCAUUUGAUUUUAAUAUUCAAUUUCGAUUCCGAUCGAGAGAGAUCCGUAUCGCUUUCGUAAAGAAUAAUUAAAAGGAAAAAGGAAAAUAGAUGAUGCAGAGACGGAGUCCGCCCAAUCACAGGCACGAUGGGACUUCGCCACUGCCUCUCGGGAUGGAUUGGAGUCCCCCCCCUCGUAAAUGGAAUGGGAAGGAAACUGUUUGGCCACAUGAUCCUCGGACAGGAUGGAGUUACUCUGUUGCAAUACCUUCUUGGGUUGUUCUUCCCAAAUCGAGAGAUUCAGAUCCUGUAGUGUUUUACAGGGUACAGAUUGGGUUACAAUCACCAGAGAGUGUUACGAGUACACUUGUAGUAUUGAGAAGAUUUAAUGAUUUUUUGAAGCUAUUUACGGAACUAAAAGCAGCAUUUCCGAAGAAAAGUGUCCCCCCUGCCCCACCCAAGGGAUUGUUGCGUAUGAAAAGCAGGGUUUUGCUGGAAGAGAGAAGGUGUUCAUUGGAGGAGUGGAUGACAAAGCUGUUAUCUGACAUUGAUUUGUCAAGAAGUGUCACAGUGGCUUCUUUUCUUGAAUUAGAAGCUGCUGCGAGAUCUGCAUUCCAAGAGGAAAAUGAAUGCUCCCCAGAACCGAAUGUUGCUGGGCAUAAUACAGUUUUAUCAAAUGGCGUUCCUACCAGUUCAAACACAUUCCAUGUUGCUGGUUCAUCAAUAACAUCAGAUUACGGUAGCGAUACUGCUUAUGAGACUUCUGAACUUGGGUCACCUAGGUUAGGGAGAGAUGACUACUCUGACAUUGGUUUCGGAGAUCUUCCUUUGGAUGAAGAUUUGUCAGGUUCAAUAGAAAAAUUUGUGAAGGGUAUGUCCAACAUUGAUGAGGGACUAGUUAUGGGACAAACAAUUUUGGAGCAGCUAGAAGAUUUUCCUAGGCAUACAACACACAGCAGAAACAUCAAUAAUACUACGGAGAUAGAAACUUAUAAUGGAAAUGGCUCUAGAGCUUCAUUUCUUGGCGGUAAUGGACUGGAACUCUUUUCGGAUCCAGAGCCAGCUAAGAUGGUUGGUCAUGCUCAAAAGCUAUCAACUGAAAGUGUUGGGAGUGAUAUAAUUUCUUUGCGAGGUAGUGAUAUGGGAAACUCUAGAAUUCCAAAUUCAUCUGUCGACCUUCCUGGAACUUCCAAAGUUUCAAGCACCAUGGUUACUCAUGGAAACCUGGAUUCGCUGUUUUCUGGUGGUACACAAAUAUUUCUUCCAUUGGAUCAGCGUCAGAAGUUGAACAGGGUUCUUUUGACAAUGCAGCAGAGACUAGGCACUGCAAAAACUGACAUGGAGGAUCUGAUAGCAAGACUAAAUCAAGAAAUAGCAGUGAAGGGUUAUCUUACAACAAAGGUUAACGAUUUGGAAGUGGAACUUGAAAGCACCAAACAGAAAAGUAGAGAAAACCUGCAGCAAGCUAUCCUGAUUGAAAGAGAAAGGUUUACUCAAAUGCAGUGGGAAAUGGAAGAACUUCGGCGUAAAUCAUUGGAAAUGGAGUUGAAGUCGAAUCCUAAACAGGACGUGAGACAGGAUGAGAUGCAAAUAACGGAGACAAGUGACCGUUUUGCCACUGAGGAGAAAGAUGCAAUGUUGCAAGAGUUAAAUGCUACUAAGGAGCAGCUGAACAUUAUCUCAAAGCAAUAUGAAGAGCUAGAGACUAAAUCAAAAGCAGAUAUUAAACUUCUUGUUAAAGAGGUGAAGUCUCUUAGGAAAUCCGAAAAACAACUGAAGCAGGAGGUUGGUCAAUCACUAUUGAAAAUAUCUGAUGUUGAGGUACAACUAGAACACGAAAGACAAACCAGCAAACAUGUAAAGACUGCUAGGGAAAACCUGCUAAAUCAAUGUCGGCUUCUUCACAAUAGCCUUCUUGAGUGCAAUGUCAGUUUGUCCACAGAUGAUGAUGAAAAUUUGAUCAAAGAUUCUUCCUUAAUCGAAGAAGCAUUGGAUUUGUUGACCACAUCUGAUGAUAAAAUCACUCUCCUACUUGCAGAGGUGCAACUGUUAGCAAAGGAAGAUGCCACCAUCAUCGAGGAUGUCAAUAAUGUACACAAACACGACAGCCACUAUGAUUGCAGAAUAGAUGAUGAGUUAAGGAAGAUCAUAGCAGACAUUUUCACCGACAAUGCGAAAUUAAGAAAGCAAGUAAAUUCUCAACUACGGAAUAGAUGCGAAUUCGAAUAUGAUAUCAUGUCGAAGAAUAAUGAGGAGUUAAACAGAUCUUAAAGAGAUGAAAUGGGGUUAUCGGAAUAGAGUAUGAUCUCCAUUACAGUUCCCGGUACGCAAUCCAUGCUGCUUUUAAUGCAUGAUCUUAACAAUAUGUAGUUGUGAGUUUUGCGGUUUACAUAUGUAUCUGUGAUGCUGAGAAGAUGCCCUUUUAUGAAACCCAUGUA